AUGAUUGGUUUGAACUGGAGAAAUUGCAAAAAUCCAAGAAGCCAAACAGCUGCUGAAAAUUAUGAUCCAACAAGAAGCCACAAAAUCAAAAAUUCGGAGCAACAUUCCAAAGAGUUCGAUGAAAAAAAAUAAAUAAAAAAAUAAAAAAAUUCAAAAAAUAAAGUCAGUGCCUAUUCAACAAUCGAUUGGAUCAAUCAAAGAUUGUUGCAAUGUGGUCGACUUGCCAAAAAAAUUGUGAGUUUUUAUGAAAUCUGGGAAAUAAAGUGGGAUCGUUUUUAGUAAAUAUUGCAGCUCUGUUCACUAUUUUGUUUUCAAAGCCUCCUUUAAACAUGAGUUAUGACGUGGCUUCAAAAAAGUUUAGCUUCUCAAAAAUUUUAUGAAACUUAGCUCAUAUGUAAAUUCAAUUCUAGGUUUUCAACUUUUCUGAAAAAUUAUGCGGUUUGAGAAAUAUUUUUUUUUUAUUUCUUUGAGACAGAUUUUUUGAUUCAGAACUUCUGAUUCAAUAUUUUUAUUUGAAGUUAGACUUGUGAAAUCCAAGGUUUCUAGUUCCCAGAAGUUGCUACGUCAUAACUGCUGAGAAUUGAAAAUUUCUGAAAACAAGAUCAAGAUCAGAGAUUCAAAACCUACCAGAAAAACAUGAAAAUAUCUCAACACAUAUAUAUUUUUUCCAGGAAAAGAAACCGAACUCUGGAAUGUUGUCUCAAAUCUAA